AACAAAAACAAAAAAAACAAAAUUGUUUCUCUGUUUUUAUUUAUUUCUCAAAUUCAAACCCUUCUGAAUUUCCCUCUCUGCUUGACAAACUUAUGGGCACAGCACAUAGUUUGACGGAGGAAGGGAGAAAUGGGGGCAGGGAACUUACUUGGGACGAUAAGGAGGUUUGUGGGCAUUAUCUGGUUCGCUUUUGUCCUUUCGAUCUCUUCGUCAAUACUCGAAGCGAUAUAGGACCCUGCCCUAGAAUACAUGACCCCAAGUUGAAAGAAAGUUUUGAGAAGUCCCCACAGCAUGAUGCAUAUGUGGCCAAGUUUGAAGCUGAACUUGCUCAGUUUUGUGAGAUAUUGGUGAUGGAUUUGGAUAGAAGAGUAAGGCGUGAGCGAGAACGCCGUCAUCAGGAGGUGGAACCUGCACCGCCACAUCCACCGUCAACUGAACAGUAUGAACAGUUGUCUGUUGUGGAGGAAAAAUUAAAGAACUUGCUUGAACAAGUGGAGGCCCUUGGUGAAGCUGGGAAGAUGGAUGAAGCUGAAGCGCCCGUGAGAAAGAUGCCUAAUAAUAAUGGUGUGGAGAAUCCUGAAGCUGGUCGGGGCCGUCAGGUCCAGGGUGGUUCUAGUUCCCCCACUCUCUUCGGUAAUAGCCAAUCAAACUCGUAUAGUGUUUUACUCCAGCAAAUCUCAGUCUAUGGGGUAGCCGCUGGCUACUGCUUAUCUGCCUCGUUGCUUUCCAUCAUCAACAAAUGGGCUGUCGUGAAAUUUCCUUAUCCUGGGGCACUAACUGCUUUACAGUAUUUUACAAGUGUUAUUGGGGUCCUCGUUUGUGGCCAGCUUAAGUUGAUAGAGUAUGAUUCGCUUUACCUACUUACCAUGUGGCGCUUCCUACCAGCAGCAAUUAUAUUCUACCUCUCUCUCUUCACUAACAGUGAGCUCCUUCUCCAUGCUAAUGUUGACACUUUCAUUGUCUUUCGUUCUGUUGUUCCAAUUUUUGUUGCCAUAGGAGAGACUCUUUUCUUGCACCAACCAUGGCCAUCAAUGAGGACAUGGACCUCACUUGCCACUAUUUUUGGGGGAAGUGUGAUUUUUGUACUAACAGAUUACCAGUUCACAGUAACGGCUUAUAGUUGGGCUCUAGCUUACUUGGUAAGCAUGUCCAUAGACUUUGUCUACAUAAAGCAUGUGGUAAUGACCAUUGGUUUAAAUACAUGGGGUCUUGUACUGUAUAACAAUCUUGAGGCUCUUCUACUGUUUCCGUUGGAACUACUUGUAAUGGGUGAAUUGAAGAAGAUUAAGCAUGAAAUCUCAGAUGAAUCAGAUUGGUAUUCUCUUGAGGUGCUUUUGCCAGUGGGGUUAUCAUGUUUAUUUGGUUUAUCCAUCUCUUUCUUUGGGUUUUCUUGCCGAAGGGCUAUUUCUGCAACUGGAUUUACUGUUCUUGGUAUAGUGAACAAAUUAUUAACAGUUGUGAUUAAUCUGGUUAUUUGGGACAAACAUUCAACCUUUGUUGGUACAGUGGGCCUGUUGAUAUGCAUGGCAGGUGGUGUUAUGUAUCAGCAAUCUACAAGCAAGAAGCCUGAGGAUGUGAAUCAAGUAAAAGCACAAGAGACUCAGGAAGAAAAACAAAAGUUAAUUGAAACGAAAAGCAGCUUAGAAAGCAAGAACAAUGAGAAAUGGACUGCUGAAUCUGAAGGGGGGAAAUGACAGACGGCUUUUUUCAAGGUAAUAUUGUUCCGUUCUUUUGUGGCUUCUGGAUUUUAUUUUUCUCCAAUUCAGAUUUAUUGAUUGAUAAGUCGCCGAUGGCAACUUCUCAUUGGGAUGAGUUAAAGACAGUUUGUGUUUGACAAAACACACAUGAUCGACAUGUUGGUUAAAUGAGUUAUAUUUUUCAGCCACAAAAUUCUUUGUACUGAUGAUUAAUUUCUUAAGCCUCAUCUGCAGCAUUAUUCGACCGGAGAACACCCUGUCAGAUGAAAUGUUGCAUUCUUUUGUUCUGUAAAUUUAUAUUCAUAAAAAAGUCCCAGUAGCAAUAGCAAUGCCUUAUUUGUUGUAAGGAUGCAGGAUGUCUAAAGACAUGCCUGCUAAUAUCAGAAUGUUCCUUGUUUACCCAAGCUUAUUUUUUUCAGUUUGCGUGUAAAAAUCGCGGGAGAUAGUGUUCUAAGCAGUUCGCAAUUCUGUGUAACAUUUUUGAAUGAGUAUUAAAGGGUUUGGUUUA